AAAAAAAUAUUCCAAAGAGCGUAAACAUGGCCUCGCGGUACAAUCACGCUAUUCAGCGAGUUUUAGCAAAAUUAGAAGCAUCCAUAAAUUCGGAAAAUUAUUAUGAAGCACAUCAAAUGUAUAGAACUUUGUAUUUUAGAUAUGUUGGGCAGAAAAAGUAUUCGGAACUUUUGGAAUUACUGUAUAAUGGUUCUACUCUUUUAUUACAGCACGAACAGCAUGUGAGUGGAGCUGACUUAGGGAUUUUAUUUAUAAAUGUUUUAACACAAUCAGGAACAGAACCUUCUGAAGACUAUUUUGAAAAAAUUGCAAACUUGUUUCGUAUAAUGAGUCCUUUGUUACCUGAAAGAGAUGUAUUUGUACAAUCUGCUCUUCGAUGGAGUAUAAAGGGUACAGAAUAUAAAACAGGUCAUCCAGAUUUGCAUCAGAAGAUAGCACGGGUAUUUUGGAAAGAAAAUAAUUAUAUAAUGGCAAGACAACACUUUAUACAUAGUAGAGAUGGUCCUGGAUGUGCUGCACUGCUUGUUGAGCUCCAUGAGCGAGGUGGUUACACAAGUGAAAUAGAUCUUUUCAUAGCCCAAGCAGUUUUACAAUGUCUCUGUUUACAAAAUAAAGCAACUGCACAGGAGGUUUUCAAUUCUUAUAUCUUGCUACAUCCAAACAUAAGCAGUGGCCCUCCAUAUCUUCUUCCUUUAUUGAAUUUUUUAUUUUUUUUAUUAAAAGCAAUUGACAGUGGUAAACUUGCAGUGUUCACAAUACUUUGUGAACAGUAUCAAAUAUCCUUAAAUAGAGAUCCAUGUUAUCGACAGUACUUAGAUAAAAUAGGGCAAUUAUUUUUUAACGUUCCGUCACCGCGACCUCGUAAUCAAGGCCUAUUUGGUUCACUCCUACAAUCUUUUUUUAAUGGUGUUGAAGAUGAAGGUUCAGAUGAUGAACAAAGAAAUACCGCUUCAACUUCACAAACAGUACAAGAGCUCGACUGAUUAAAAGGUACACGUCACUGUGCAAUGUGAUGAAAGUAAAUAUGAAUUUUUGUAUAUAUACAGGGUGAUUCAGAACAGCAGGUCAAUCGUACAAGGGGUGGUAGGGGACUAAAAAAAAAACACUUUUUAUUUAACAAACACAUGUCCAAACUUGCUUUUUUUUAGUAAUAUAGCUUUAAAGAUGUAGGUUUCAGGCAGUUGACAACGAGCAAUUCGCCACAUAUCGACUGCUUAGGAAAGCAAGCAGGAGUCAUCGCUCAUGCUUCUGUGCAAUAUCAAUGAAGUUUCAAGUAAUAAAUUGGAUAUCAUUUGACAUGGAGAUAAUGUCAUGUUGUUUCUACGUUUAAAUUUUA